AUCAGCGCUCAUUCUUCCCUUUUAGUUUUCCUUCUUCUGAGUUCCUUUUCUUUUUUUAUUAGCAAUGAUUUGGAUAAUUUCAAAAUGUGAAAAAAAGAUUUGCUUUCAUUUUGAAAGUGUAUCACUGUAUAAAGAUAUAGUUAACGACUUCGUUUCAAAGUAAACCGCCUAAUGUAAGUGUAGCCUCGGUCAUGUGACAUCGCACUGUAAGCUUUUCACUGAACAAACGCACCCUUCAUUGACAGAAAUGGCCACCGCGGAAGUGGAGCGCAGACGAGGACAGCUUGCCGCACUGUCCAUAGCAGCAGUGGUCAUCAUCGUGGGAGUCCCUCUGUGGUGGAAAACCACCGAAACCUACCGUGCCUGGUUACCUGUCAGUCAGAUUAGAGAACUGGCAAAGCUGCAGAUGCAGUUGAGUGCCGAUGUGGAGGUGGUAUUUGCCCGUGGAACCGUGACACCAGAGCAGCAGAAGAAGGUGCCUCUGACAAAGACCCAGGAGGAGGAUCAUGAAGUAGACGAGGGUACAACCUUGAAGUACAGGUAUGAGACAAAGUAUCGCACAGCUACGAUCAUGGAGGAGGACGCGCUGAACAAGCCUACAGCAGCAGAGGCAGAUCUAGCUCUGCACAUGCUCAGUGAGAGUCCAUGUGGUUCUUUGGUCAUAUAUGUGAUCCCUGAGUCAUCCUCACUGCUGCAUGAGGAUGUAAAGGUGUACGUCGGUCAGCGGCGGACUGCGUUGCUUCGUGUUGUUGCCCAGAUGAGAACAGCUAAGACGUUUGAGCAGCUGCUAGAUCGCCUGCAGCCACACAUCAUACAGGUGCUGAGAAUGAUGUCUUUCAGCCGUGCCGACAUCACCGCCGCCCUCAGCGACAGAGUCCGUUUCCACCCAGGCAGCAAAGAGAGCGUUGCUGACAGUAUGAGAGCCUUCAAAUCCAGUCCAGGUUAUGAGAUAACAUUCAGCUUGUUAAACCCCGACCCAAAGUCUCACCGGCUGCACUGGGACAUCAAGGGUGCUGCACAGACCUACAUACAGCCUUUACUUAUGAAAAUGUCCCCUGUGGCUAACUUUAGCAUUGACUCUCAGACCUUGCACUAUGCCAUGCUUGGUGUCAACCCACGCUUUGAUAGCAGCCGCAGUGCCUACACGCUCAAUGCCGACAGCCUUGCACAUGUCAUCAACCCGGUGGAGGCCAGACUUGGCUCUAAUGCUGCAUCUUCCAACCCAGUGUUGAAUUUUCUUCUGUAUGUCCCCGACUCCCACCAUUCACCUCUUUACAUCCAAGAUCACCACAAGCAGGAGGUGCCCUCCAAUGCAUUUCACUCUCCACGCUGGGGUGGAAUCAUGGUUUAUAAUGUAGACAGUUCCUAUGGGCCAGAGGCAGAGCUCCCUGUUGACAUAAACAUCAACAUGGCUAAAGUCAUGGGCGUUUUCCUCGCCCAGCUUCGGCUGUUGCUGGGUGUCCAGUCAUCACCCCCUCCCCCUGGGUUCCUGGUGGCACCGUGCGGCAGUACAGGACUAGCUGACUGGGAGCUGGACCGUCUCAUGUGGAGCCGCUCAGUGGAAAAUAUAGCCACAGCAACCACAACAAUCACCUCUCUUGCACAACUGCUGGACCAGAUAGGCAACAUUGUUAUUAACGACAACAUUGCCGAACAGGUGUCCAAUGCUGUGACGUCUCUGCAGCUGGCUGUUGCAGAGCUAGAUGCAGGAAACCUCGGGUUUGCCCUGCAGUUCAGUAAAGAAGCUAUCCUGGCUUCAGAAAAGGCCUUUUUUGAUCCAUCACUCCUCCAUCUGCUCUACUUUCCUGAUGACCAGAAGUUUGCUAUUUACAUACCUCUCUUCCUGCCGAUGUGUGUGCCUAUUCUGCUGUCUCUGCUCAAAAUAGCUUCUGAGGCUAGACAGAAACGCAGAGAAAAGCAAGCAAAGAAGGACUGACAGAUGGGUGAAGGUGAUGUAAUUAGGGGGAAAAACAUGUUAUGGAAAAACUGUUUUGUUGGAUGCCUGCCAGUGUUGUUGUUUGGGGCUAUUCUGUUUGAAAUUAGGAUGGGUGUUGUUGCAAGAUUUUUUUUAAUGACUAUUGGAACUGUUGCUGUACAGUUGAAGGCUUGAAUUCUUUUGAAUGUGUAUAACUUUUAUAUAAAAACUCAACUUUCUAUUGUAAAUUAUUAAGAAUUAAAGUCUACAGCUGUAAAUCA